CAGUGCACACCCGCUCUCUCUCUUUCUUUACCUCCCUCCGUAAUCCCUAGUCCCCUUGUUCGCUCGCUAGAUUCUUUCUCUCUCAGAUCCAAAUCUCCCUCUGCAUUAUCCCUCUUCCUUCUUUUCCUUGUCCCUCUUGUCUGAUCAGAUCCCUUGUUUUUCUCUAUCUCUCUCUAGAUCUUGAUAAUCAACUUCACAAUCUAAUCUCAUCUCUCUUCAACAAUUUUUUCCCGUCGAUCUUUAAUUCUGAUUAUCUACUCUCUAAUCGGAUCAAGGUCAUCAAGAGCUAAAAAACGGACCCAAUCAUGAAUCCAUUCUCUUCUGGAACUCGAUUAAGGGACAUGAUUAGGUCUAUACGUGCUUGUAAAACUGCAGCCGAGGAACGUGCUGUUGUAAGGAAAGAGUGUGCGGCUAUCCGUUCUGCAGUUAGUGAAAAUGAUAAUGAUUAUAGGCAUCGUAAUUUGGCGAAGCUCAUGUUCAUUCACAUGCUUGGUUACCCCACACAUUUUGGUCAAAUGGAGUGCCUAAAGUUGAUAGCGUCUUCUGGAUUUCCCGAAAAGAGAAUAGGAUAUCUUGGCCUCAUGUUGCUUCUCGAUGAAAGACAAGAAGUUCUCAUGCUCGUUACGAACUCCUUAAAACAAGAUCUCAAUCACUCAAACCAGUACAUUGUAGGCCUGGCUCUUUGUGCUCUGGGGAAUAUUUGCUCAGCAGAAAUGGCUCGUGAUCUUGCACCUGAAGUGGAAAGAUUGCUUCAGAGCCGAGACCCUAACAUCAGAAAGAAGGCAGCAUUAUGUUCUAUAAGGAUUGUACAGAAAGUCCCAGACUUGGCAGAGAAUUUUAUGAGUCCAGCAGCUGUCUUAUUAAAAGAAAAACAUCACGGAGUUCUAAUAACAGGACUUCAGCUAUGUGCAGAUCUUUGUAAAGUUAGCGAGGAGGCCCUUGAUUACUUUAGAAAGAAGUGCACAGAAGGUUUGGUUAAAGUUCUAAAGGAUGUUGUGAAUAGUCCAUAUGCCCCUGAAUAUGACAUUGCGGGGAUCACAGACCCGUUCCUCCAUAUUCGACUGCUUAGGCUUUUGCGUAUAUUAGGCCAUGGAGAUGCUGAUGCUAGUGAUUAUAUGAAUGACAUUCUUGCCCAGGUGGCUACAAAAACAGAGACGAAUAAAAAUGCAGGGAAUGCCAUUCUUUAUGAAUGCGUUGAAACUAUUAUGAGCAUUGAGGAUAAUAGUGGUUUGCGCGUUCUUGCGAUAAAUAUAUUAGGAAAAUUCUUGUCAAAUCGCGACAACAACAUCAGAUAUGUUGCAUUGAACAUGCUGAUGAAGGCCAUUCAAGUAGAUGCUCAAGCUGUGCAGAGGCACCGGGCGACAAUUUUGGAGUGUGUAAAGGAUUUGGAUGCUUCAAUUAGGAAGAGGGCCCUGGAACUCACAUAUCUUUUGGUGAAUGAAACUAAUGUUAAACCUUUAACCAAAGAACUAAUUGAUUAUCUGGAAGUAAGCGAUGAAGAAUUCAAUGGAGACCUUACUGCCAAAAUUUGCUCCAUUGUUGAGAAGUUUUCCCCUGAAAAAAUAUGGUAUAUCGAUCAGAUGCUCAAAGUUUUGUCUGAGGCUGGAAAUUAUGUAAAGAAUGAAGUUUGGCAUGCCCUUAUAGUAGUGAUAAGCAAUGCAUCUGAUCUCCAUGGAUAUACUGUGAGAUCUCUUUUCAAGGCAUUCCAAACAUCAGGUGAUCAGGAAAGUCUUGUUCGAGUGGCAGUUUGGUGUAUAGGAGAAUAUGGUGAAAUGCUUGUCAACAAUAUAGGGAUGCUUGAUAUAGAGGAUCCAGUAACUGUAACAGAAUCUGAUGCUGUGGAUGUCUUAGAAAUUGUCAUGAAACGCCAUACAUCAGAGAUCGAUACUCGGGAAAUGUCUUUGAUUGCACUUUUGAAGCUCUCGUCACGCUUCCCAGCUUGUUCAGAGAGGAUAAGGGAUAUUAUUGUUCAGAACAAAGGGAGCCUGGUGCUUGAAUUGCAGCAAAGGUCCAUCGAGUUUAAUUCUAUUGUCGCUAAGCACCAGAAUAUCAGGUCUGCAUUGGUUGAACGGAUGCCUGUUCUAGACGAGACAACUUACAGUGGAAAGAGGCCUGGUACUUUGCCGGCAACUGGUUCAACUUCAAGCGGAGCUUCAUUUAAUAUUCCUAAUGGAGUUGCCAAAAGUGCUGCUGCUCCACUUGUAAAUUUACUUGAUCUGGAUUCAGAUGAUGCACCACCUCCUAGCUCUUCAGGUGGUGAUUUUCUUAAUGACCUUCUGGGUGUUGGUGUGUCUCCAAUUCCAUCAAUGUCAGGUACAAGCAAGUCUCCAACAAGUGGAACAGAUGUUCUCUUGGAUCUAUUAUCCAUAGGAACUCCUCCUGCACAGAACAACUUUUCAAAUGAUUUGCUGUCCAUGAGUACGGAUAAUGGGCCAUCAGUUUCCUCACUGGAUAGAACACAGUCACUUUCUUCGCAAGUGUCUUCUCCACCAGGAGCUGCACCAAUGAUGGAUCUAUUGGACAGCUUAUCACCCACUGUUUCAGUGACCACCAAUUCUCUAGCGGACAUGAACCUAAAUGGAGACAAUGGUCCAGUUCAUCAACCUAUAGUUGCAUUCCAGAGCAAAUCAUUAAAGAUAAUGUUCAGCUUCUCAAAGGAACCUGGAAACCCGCAAAGAACGCUAAUUACUGCUACUUUCACAAAUUUAUCAUCUAAUGAUUAUACUAAUUUCCUCUUCCAGGCUGCAGUUCCGAAGUUUGUACAACUGCAAUUAGAGACGGCUAGCAGUAAUAUUCUCCCAGCAAGUGGUAAUGGUUCAAUCACACAAACUCUUAGGGUCACUAAUAGCCAACAAGGGCAGAAAGCCCUUGCAAUGCGUUUAAGGGUAUCAUACAAGGUGAAUGGCGAAGAAGGUUUGGAACUGGGUCAAGUCAACAACUUUCCUCGUGGUUUGUAAGGUCAAGGUUUUCUAGUCGGUUUCUAGGGGAACUUCAUUUUCUUUUCUUUUUUGCCUAUGUACAUUAUUAUACAAUGCUCCCAUAAGAGAGUUGUAGAAAUCGAUUUUUUUUUCUUCUUGCGCAUAGGAGAGAAAGGGAGGGAGAGAGAGAGAGAGAGAGUGCUUGUUAGCCAUAUGAAGAACCUGAGGUGCUCUAAUAUGUUUUUUUUACUAGCUUCGCGAUGUUCGAGCCUCCUGGUAAUGUUGGAAGAUGAGGGAAUAUUGUGUGAUUGUGGUUUUACGAGUCUCUUUAAGGAAGUUGAAAAUUUGCCUGCAGUGUCUGUGUUAUUGAUUUUUCUGCAUUUUAAUUGACAGAACUGUUGAGUUUUGGGUGCA